AUGGUGAGUCCCGCGUCGCACCCCCGUGUCCCCUCGGCCUUCGCGCAGCCCGCUCCGGGCCCCCAGCCCCGUGCCUCCUGUGCCCGCCUAGCGCUGCUGUUCGGCGCCCCGGAGACUCUCCACCCUCCCAUCCCCCCUUCUUUUCUUCUGUCUGCCGGCCCGCUGCCUGCCCAGUCCCCACCGGGCGAUUGCCUACCAGUGGGCGUGACGUUUCCAGAGCCAAAACCAGAGUUUUGGGACAAAGUUCCCCCAAGGCUUAACGCCGCUGCAGGGAGGGAACUGGAUGGAAUCCUGUGCAUGAGGCAGAGGCUCCGGGAGCAGCCGCUCAGGGAGCCUGAGCCGGUGGAGGACUGUGUACAGAGCACACUCGCUGCCUUGUAUCCACCCUUUGAAGCCACAGCCCCAACCCUACUGGGCCAAGUGUUCCAGGUGGUGGAGAGGACUUACCAGGAGGAUGCGCUGAGGUACACGCUGGACUUCCUGGUACCUGCUAAACACCUGCUUGCCAAGGUCCAGCAGGAAGCCUGUGCCCAGUACAGUGGAUUUCUCUUCUUCCACGAGGGCUGGCCGCUCUGCUUGCAUGAACAGGUCGUAGUGCAGCUAGCAGCCCUCCCCUGGCAGCUGCUGCGCCCUGGCGACUUCUACCUGCAGGUCGUACCCUCGGCAGCCCAAGCUCCCCGCCUGGCACUGAAAUGUCUGGCCCCAGGAGGUGGACGGGUACAGGAGCUGCCAGUGCCCAAUGAAGCCUGUGCCUACCUAUUCACACCUGAGUGGCUGCAAGGCAUUAACAAGGACCGGCCAACGGGGCGCCUCAGCACCUGUCUUCUGUCGGCACCCUCUGGGAUUCAGCGCCUGCCCUGGGCUGAGCUCAUCUGCCCACGAUUUGUGCACAAAGAGGGUCUCAUGGUUGGACAUCAGCCAAGCACACUGCCUCCAGAACUGCCCUCUGGACCUCCAAGGCUUCCUAGCUCUCCACUCCCUGAGGAGGUGCUGGGGACCCGGAGUCCUGGGGAUGGACACAACGCUCCUGCAGAAGGUCCAGAGGGUGAAUAUGUAGAACUGUUGGAGGUGACGCUGCCUCAUAUGAGGGGAAGCCCCACAGACGCUGAGGCCUCAGGCCUCUCCAGGACCCGCACAGUACCCACCCGGAAGAGUACCGGAGGGAAGGGCCGGCACCGGAGACACCGGGCAUGGAUGCACCAGAAAGGCCUGGGGUCACGGGACCAGGAUGGGGCACGCCCACCUGGUGAAGGGAGUAGUACUGGGGUCUCUUCUGACUCACCCCCGGGAGCUGAGGCCGACCCAGAUACAGCGGUCCUGGAGGCAUCUGAGCCCCCAGCAGAGGCUGGGGAGGCCGCUGAAUCCUGCCUCCUCCCGGGGGAACGGGGAGGAGUGGGCCAGGGGGUUGAAGGACCACCUGGUACCCCGCGAAGAGCAGGCAAAGGAAACAGAAGGAAGAAGCGAGCUGCUGGCAGAGGUGCUGUAAAAGGGGAGAGUACCCCACUCAGCCCCAAGGACAAGGAAGAGACUAGACAGCAGGAAGUCCUUGUCAGUCUGCCCUGCUCACCCAGUGAACAGGAACCUGCAGAAUGCAGCCUGGUUAAGGAGAAAGAGGAUUCUUCUGGGAAGCCAGCGCCUGAAUCAAAAGAGGAACUCAAGCCCGCAGAUGGAAAAGAGCCUGCACCCCCAGAAGACUGUGGGCCCCCAGAAGAGGGGAUCAGAGAGCGUGAACAAGAGGUGCUGGUACCGGUGUGUGUGACAGGAUCCACAGGUCCGGGGUGCUUCCCAUCCGAGCCCCCAACACAGCCCCUGGAGACUGUGCCGGAUGUAAAAGGAGACAGCAUCCCAGAAGAGACUCCUCCAGUUUCCAUCUUGGAUGACCCACCUGUAGCUUGGGACUUGAUGGCAUCUGGAUUCUUCGUUCUGACUGGAGGGGUCGACCAGACUGGGAGAGCUUUGCUGACUAUUACGCCACCGCCCCCGUGCCUUCUUGAGGAGCCCUCACCCUCCCAGGAGACAUUGAACACUGCCCUUCGUUACCUCCACUCACUGCUUAGGUAAGCUGACCUGCAGUUACUGGGGCUAACCGUCCUGCUUGACCUUCGCAAGGCACCCCCGCUGCCUCCAGCACUUAUUCCAGCCUUAAGUCAGCUUCAGGACUCAGGCAACCCUCCGCUCGUUCAGCGGCUGGUGAUUGUCACUCAUGAAGACCCUCCAGCUGAACUCUGUGGACUUCAGGGAGCCGAGUUGCUGUCAGAGAAGGACCUGAAAAGAGCGGCCAGGCCAGAGGAGCUACAGUCGGACUUAGGAGGUCACAGGGACCUCUCCCCCGACCUCUUAGAGAUACACCAGGAAGUGGCAAAGCUGUGCAGCUUGUGCCGAGGUGUGCUGACCUCUGUACGGCAGGCUAUUGAGGAGCUCGAGGGAGCAGAAGAACCAAAGGAAGAGGAGGCAGUGGGAAUGCCUGAGCCCUUGCAAAAGGUGCUGGCAGAUCCUCGGCUGACGGCGCUGCAGAGGACCGGAGGAGCCAUCCUGAUGCGGCUGCGCUCCACCCAUAGCAGCAAGUACGAGAGGCGGGUGGGUCCAGGCCCAGCUGUGCUCUACCAGGAGGUAGACGAGGCCAUUCACCAACUUGUGCGUCUCUCCAACUUACGAGUGCAGCAGCAGGAAAAACCACGUCUGCGCCAGCUCCAGCAGGUGUUGCAGUGGCUCUCUGGCCCAGGGGAAGAGCAGCUGGCCAGCUUCGCCACGCCUGGGAACUCACUCUCAGUCUUGCAAGAGACAGAACUGCGGUUCCGGGCUUUCAGCACCGAGGUGCAGGUGAGGACAGAGAGGAGAUGGGACAGGGAGGUGAUGGCCCCCAGGGAGCCACUGACAACGGCGUAUGUGUUUUGGGGGUGGCACGUGUCCUCACCUUUUUUCUCUGCCUCCAACCUGUCUGGCUUUUAGGCACACGAAUGGGUAGAUGAGGGCUCUGCUCGGCUGGCAGGAGCCGGGCCGGGGCGUGAAGCUGUGCUGGCAGCGCUAGCCCUGCGGCGGGCCCCGGAGCCCAGUGCGGGCACCUUCCAGGAGAUGCGAGCCCUGGCCCUGGACCUGGGCAGCCCAGCAGUCCUUCGAGAAUGGGGCCGAUGCCGGGCACGCUGCCAAGAGCUGGAAAGGAGGAUUCAGCAGCAGCUGGGAGAGGAGGCCAGUCCUCGAGGCCCCAGACGACGACGGGCGGACAGUGCCAGCAGCACGGGGCCCCAGCACGGCGCCCAUAGCCCUUCACCCAGCCUCAGCUCCCUGCUUCUUCCCAGCAGCCCUGGGCCCCGGGCAGCCCCAUCACAUUGCUCUCUGACCCCGUGUGGGGAGGACUAUGAGGAGGAAGGCCUUGAGCUAGCUCCAGAAGCAGAUGGAAGACCCCCAAGGGCUGUGUUGAUCCGAGGCCUGGAGGUCACCAGUACUGAAGUGGUAGACAGGACGUGUUCGCCCCGAGAACAUGUGUUGUUGGGUCGGGCUGGAGGGCCGGACGGGCCCUGGGGACUGGGUACCCCGCGAAUGGAGCGCAAACGGAGCAUCAGUGCCCAGCAGCGUCUAGUGUCUGAACUGAUUGCCUGUGAGCAAGAAUACAUAGCCACUCUGAAUGAGCCAGUGCCGCCCCCCGGGCCAGAGCUGACGCCUGAGCUCCGUUGCACCUGGGCCGCAGCCCUGAGUGCCCGCGAGAGACUCCGCAGCUUCCACGGGACGCACUUCCUACAAGAGCUGCAGGGCUGCAUCACCCAUCCUCUGCGCAUUGGGGCCUGCUUCCUUCGCCAUGGGGACCAGUUCAACCUCUACGCACAGUUCGUGAAGCACAGACACAAACUGGAGAGUGGUCUGGCUGCAGUCACCCCCUCAGGCCAGGGUUCCACGGACAGCAGCCCCUGCUUACCCCGGGCCCUGCAGCGGCCCCUGGAGCAGCUGGCUCGGUAUGGACAGCUCCUGGAGGAGCUCCUGAGGGAAGCUGGGCCUGAGCUGAGCUCCGAGCGCCAGGCCCUCCGGGCUGCUGUACAACUGCUCCAGGAACAAGAGGCCCGGGGCAGAGACCUGCUGGCGGUGGAGGCUGUGCGAGGCUGCGAGAUAGAUCUGAAGGAACAGGGACAGCUCUUGCAUCGGGACCCAUUCACUGUCAUCUGUGGCCGGAAAAAGUGCCUCCGCCAUGUCUUUCUCUUUGAGGACCUGCUCUUGUUCAGCAAGUUCAAGGGCUCCGAGGGAGGAUCUGAGACCUUCGUUUACAAGCAGGCUUUCAAGACUGCUGACAUGGGGCUGACCGAAAACAUCGGGGACAGUGGACUCUGUUUUGAACUGUGGUUUCGGCGGCGGCGGGCACGAGAAGCAUACACUUUGCAGGCUACCUCACCAGAGACCAAACUCAAGUGGACAAGCUCUAUCGCCCAGCUGCUGUGGAGACAGGCGGCCCACAACAAGGAGCUCCGCGUGCAGCAGAUGGUCUCCAUGGGCAUUGGGAACAAACCUUUCCUGGACAUCAAAGCCCUCGGGGAACGGACACUGAGUGCCCUGCUCACUGGAAGAGCCGCCCGCACCCGGGCCUCCGUAGCGGUGUCUUCCUUUGAGCAUGCUGGCCCGUCCCUUCCCGGCCUCUCACCGGGAGCCUGCUCCCUGCCUGCCCGCGUCGAGGAGGAGGCCUGGGAUCUGGACGUCAAGCAGAUUUCCCUGGCCUCAGAAACACUUGACUCUUCUGGAGAUGUGUCCCCAGGACCAAGAAACAGCCCCAGCCUGCAUCCCCCGCAUCGUGGGAGCAGCACUCCCACCCUGGCCAGUGGAGGGAUCUUAGGGCUGUCCCGGCAGAGUCAUUCCCGAGCCCUGAGUGACCCCACCACACCCCUGUGACCUGAGAAGAUCCAGAACUUGGCUGCAGCCCCAUUUCCGCACAUUUUAGGCUGGUAUGCCAAUGGGACAUGAUGGAGGACUAAGCUCUCAAUUCCCUCUCUGCUUCCUGGACAGAGAGAAGGGCGAGGACCAGAGCGUCCCCUCUCACUGCUGUCUCUAGCUCUUCCCUGCUUGGUGCCUUCUGCUGCAGGAACCAGAGUGGCCCUGUUUGCUUGCCUUUGUGCCCUGGGGGCAGGGAAACAUUCCCCCCACUUCCAGUGUUUCCCUCAUCCUGUGCUACUGCACAGCGGCAGGCCACUGCUCUGCCGACGGCCUGCUUUUCCUCUCACCCCCUGACUCUCCCAGAAGAUUCAUCUCUGCCAGGUGGAAUGGAAUUCCAUUCUGGGGUAUCAUGGGACAUGAAGUGUUAUAAGCCAUUGAAGGAGAUGGGGUGGGCAUUGCAGACUUUAUAUAUGUAAUUACUGUUAUUAUACUGUUGUUAUAUUAAAUGUAUUUGCUCUCA